AUGAUCGUUGAUCGGUUUCCUGAGUUUCGGCAGUAUGCGCGGGAGGCUGGCAUCGAGACGACGUCGAUGGAGGAGCUUCGGGCCAGGCAUCAGCAAAAUGCCAACUCUAUGCAAGCAUUGCAGCUAUGAUGUUGUACUUAGUCUGGGUCUGGAAGUUUUCUGCAAGUUGUCGUGCGAAAAUUUGAUGAUCAUGCAUGAAGAUGAACGCCAAGAUGAGCUGCCCGCUUCUUCCUCAGGAGAAGGCGGAUUUCUCAUGCGAGAUAGGCAUGAGGGACGUCUCGCGAAAUCUGUGACGCUUUUGUGUGCAUUCCAGCCCAUGCGUGUGGUCCGUGAGAUGCAGGAUGAAUCGCGUAAAGGGUUCUUCUUCGAGACCCAGACAUAUACCAACUAAAUUUGCACUACAUAAACUCCCCCGACGCCUCAAAGGACCCGAGCGCGAGCAGCAAGAAAGCCGCGGAUGACCCGAUGCGCGAGUUCUUCGAGCACGUGCGCGCGAUCCAGGAUCGCAUCGCGGACGCACGCAGGAGCACGGACCUGAUUCAGCAGUACACGGAGGACUUCCUCGUGGCCACCAGCACCGCGCUCGAGACGAAGGCACAGCAGAACUCCGAGGAGGAGGCAUCCAGGACGAACAAAGUGCUGCAGGAAGCGAAGCACAUGCUGGAAGAUUUGAAAAACCCGCCGGACGGAGCAAAGGGAAAUAAAACCAAGAAGGUGAACUCGAAGAUACGGCAAAACAUGUGCAACAGCCUCGCGAAAAAGCUGCAACAGGAGGUGCUGCAGUUUCAGCAGGCGCAGUCGAACUUCACGAAGGAAAUCAAGGCGAAGACGGCGCGCCAGUUGCAAAUCACGUGUCCGGAGGCGAGCCUCGAAGAGAUCGACACCAUGAUCCAAAACGGCGAGACCCGGGACACGCAGGUGCAGCGGCAGAUGGCGGGCAGCCACGCGGUGCUGCUGGAAAACCUGCAGCAGGUACACGACAAGUACCGCGCCAUACGAAGGUUGGAGCGGUCGAUGGCCGAGCUCCACCAGAUGUUUCUGGAUAUGGCCCAGUUGAUCGAGCACCAGGGCGAGAUCCUCGACGUAAUCGAGGUGAACGUGGCAAAAACCAAGGACUACACGACACAAGCCGAAAAGGAGCUGAUCACAGCGAGGAAAGGCCAGUUCACGGCACAACGCCGCAUGUGCUGCAUAACGGUCGUUAUGCUCAUCAUCGUGGCAAUCAUCAUCUUCCCGAUUCUGUUUGCCCCCUCAGCCGGGGGAGGAUUUAGAUGAAAGCGAGUUACUUUUCAAUCAUUGCCAACAUAAUCGGAUCGAACUGAGAAGAAACCAAAACAACUUGAUGAGCCGCGGCGGCGCACCCGCGACGUACUGCAGCAAGAGGCUUUGCUUUGUAUCUACGUAUAUUUAUCUUCUUGAUGUUCAGCACGCGGCUUUUACUCGAU